AUUUCAGAACUGGGAAAAGGAGGCAAUUUUUUAUCUAGCUAUGCUUGGAUCAACUGCAUAGGUGGCUGCAGGAUUGGCAGAGUGGUUGGGGUAAGAAAAAUGGCGUGCGAAGCGUGCCGCGAUUUUGACCACACCCACUUUCUUUCGUGUAUUUUUGGCGUAUACUCAACGCACACAUACAUAUGAUAUACCAUAGAUAUAUACCCAAAAGGCACCCUCUUUUAUCUGUAAAGCUCUAUCCAACCUGUAAAGUACUUGUCCUAGUCCUCUUGGAAGGCUUGUUGAUGAAGGAAAGCAGAAAAGACUGUCUCUUGCUAGCCAUGGACCCAUGGUAAUUUUUUAUGACUAAAAAUGACGUCAUUAAUUAAAUUCUCAUUUCCGGUCAAAGUUUUUGGUUGUGCAUUGCCCAUCUAUGCCCGACCCAGCAGCUGCCUAUGAUCAACUGCAAUACUUAGUGGAUGUUCUAGGCUUCCAGUUCCAGCUAAGAGAAGGUAUUAAUCUAAGAAUAUCAGUGAUUCAUCUUGCAAGUGGUGUAGUAAGUUCACCUAAACCAAUGAGAGCAGAGCUAGGCUUGACUGUUGAAGAAUUAAAACGCCAUAUAGGAGAGGAAGGAUAUACUGAUAUUGUAUAUAAUCUCAAUUCAUCAUGUAUGAGACUAGUAAUGAGAGAGAAGGAUUACUGGAGUGAUAUUUCAGUCAGUGAUAUUAGUGAUGUAGGAGGUACUUUAAAGGAGAUAUUCAACAUGAGAAGACACAACAGUUCACAUACUCAGUUGCUGUAUGUAUCAUCAGAUCCUGAAGAUUAUCAAAAAGGAUUCAGAGAUAGUUUGAUGUACAAAUGUAUUGAAUUUGACUUCAACUGGAUACCACUGAACAUUACAAUACCUCCUGGACCUAAAGCCAGCAUACCCACUACAACUAAUAAAAGAAAUGGAAAAAUAAUAAUGAAAAUUAUAACAAUAGAAGAAGAAAAUAGAGGGGAAAAAAGAAGUGAUGAUAAAUAUUAUUUUGUAUUAUUAUUUUAAAAAGAUCAUUAAACAUUAUAUUCAAUACAGAGGUACAGGUACAAGUUGAUAAGAGAAUAACAUUAGCUCAAUUGAAGGAGGAGCUAGUUCCACUGAUUCGUGUACCACCUACUGGUUUUAUAGUGUAUGGAAUCAAUGGUUAUAAAUUGAAGAACCUGGAUGAGAUA